AUGCUCGGGGCCGUGGAGAGCGGACUUUUUGCCUCAAAAUUCGGCACCAACAUGCGCGGCCGAACGAUGACGAUUGACGCGAUCGGAGACGCGGAGGAGAAGGCAUUGGUGCCGCGUGGGUACCAGCGCGCACCAGCGUCUGCGCCACCUCCGCAGGAGAAUGCAGCGCUACCGCCGCCGCAACAAGUCUCUCCGCCACAAGCUUGUGUGCGACCGGGCCUCAACGGCUACGGGAUGCCGUCGGCAAGCCAGCGGAAGUUGAACAUACGCAAGUUCAAUGGUACGGAGCUGUACCGCGGACUCGGGAGCGGAUUCUUUGACUGGGGGCGUACGUUUCUGCGCGCGGUGAGCCUCGCGGAAGCGUCGUGUGGUUUCGGAUGGACCGAAGACGUCAAGGUCGACCUGCUUGGGCACUUUCUCGCCGGCACGGUUGAGAGGUGCAAGCAGGUCGAUACCUGGUGGACGCAGUCACCCACACUGGAGUACAUCAUGGAGCAGCUCCUGCGCACGCAUAAGACGGCAAUCACUGCAAGCCAGGCAAUGAAGUUUUUCAUGGCCAAGAAGGACGCACGACGCACCUGGGCCGAGCACUUUCUGUGCAUGCUGAUGAACGUGAUGCGCUCCAAGUAUGAAACCACGCGACUCGACUACCUGCGCCAUCCCGAGAAGCUGGCGCACUUCGCGCAGUCCAUUGAUCACGGCAGCAGCGCGGUGGGUCGUGAGGUCGUCGCUACGCACGUGGAAGGCAUACUUAAGUGCGCGAUAACGUGCUACCGAUGUGGGAGACCAGGCCACAUCGCGGCCGACUGUCGCGCGCGAGUCGUGCACGACGACGAGACACCCGCGGAGGGUGGAGGCGCCAGCAUGAUCCUUGAACUGAACGAUAAGCGCAGGGUGACCACGAAAAAGCGCAACAGGAGAAAGAAGGGAUCGCGCGGCAAGGACGCCGCAGCGACCAAUGCAAGCGAUGGAGCGCGAGCCAUAGACGACACAUGCGGCUUCGUGCUUACGAUGAGCGACGGAUUACGAGCCACGGAUGGCACGCGCGGCCUCGUACUUGCGGAGACCGAUGCCAUGGGCGUCGAUUAA